AUGACUGCUGAACUGCCUUCGCGACCGUUUUUUGCCUCAGAUGAUGUCCUUCCGCCAUUCAAUCCGCCAGAAGAUCUUCAUCCAGCGCUGGCAGCCAUGGAAAUUAAAGACUGGACCUAUCGAGGCUUUAUGCGGCAGAUAAUUAUAUUAAAUAUCCCAGUCGAAUCAAUUCAGAGCGUUCAGCGGCUUUGGCUGGAGGAGUUAAAUAACUUGUGCUUGAGAAAGGAAAUACAUCUUGCAUAUCGUGCUUUUGCCAGGCGGCUAAUAGAUUUUCAGCCAUUCGAGCAGCUGAAGGAGACCGAGACAAUUUUAAAUCGCUACAUUCGUCUCAGAUUGCAGAGUCAAGUCAGCGAUGCAUUUAAGGCUAUUCAAGAGCGGACAGAACUGCAAACAAGAGAUACCCUUGCAUCUGGGCUGGUUACGAAUAUUUUGGAAAAGCUGUUGAUGACGUUAGUAUUCUCUUCAUGGAGAGCAAUUGAUUUGGUGAGCGAAAGUGGAAGUCCAAUACCGACAUUAGAAAAUGACGGCUUAUCAGAUCCUGAGGAUUUCGUCAGUGAUCAGGAGGUGAAGGCCACACAAAAGUGCUUCCUACAGAGGAACAACGUAUGUAAUGAGCGUGAUCCGCAUAGGCUCAAACAUAUUAAUAUGUCAUUCUUGACUAUUCAAUGUAUUAUCAAGCUGGAAGUCAAUGAUCAAAGCAAUGAAAACGUGUGUCAGAUCGUCGACGAACAAUUCUCUGUAGAUAUGCAUAUACAGCAUCAGUUGCAGCAGAGAGCUUUAGAAACGGCGUCGACUACGGCUACGGUAGCAACUCCUCCAAUCACACAGCCGCGAAAUGAAUCCUCACAAUCUGUUGAUACUAGUGGAGAUAGUGAUGAUAGAGAUGAAGUGAUCACGAUAGAAAUCAAUGCGAUCGAGGAACAAUUACGAAGACAACCUUUAUGCGAGCCUCUAGACCUCAACUCUAACAUAUGCAAACCUUGUGAAAUCAUACAAGGAGUCUCAAAGAUUCAUGAUAUUAUUCAGAGUGAAUUGAAAAAACGAAGAGAUAAUGCGUCUGAGUCAGGACAAAGUGCAUCGUUUAGAAAACAAUUGGAUGACUUGAAUGUCGCGGCGGCGUCGCUUCGUGAAUUAAGGCACGAGAUCGUCAUCGUUUUACAAAAAUCUGGAUACAAAAACAAUCCGCAUAGUUAUUCUCAAUCCGAAAUGUAUUGUGAGAAUGCAAUAUUUAGAUCG